AUGAACGACUUACGGCCGCGUUACUCGCAUCCAUUCACUUUGCAAGAGGCAGCUCACUUCGAUGUCAGCACGAUUACUGAAGAGAUCUCUCGACUUGAUAACUCCCUUGCCCAUUUACGGGAAACCCAAACUGUACUUCAAGAGUAUAAGGAUAGUGACCCGGAUGUCGAACUUGUGAAAGCAUACGAGGAGAACAAGAUUGUCAUUGAAGCCCAAGAAGAACGAAUAUUCAUCCUACGACAAGCGCUCAGCGAGAAGGGCUUGUCUUCUCAUUAUACGGGUGCCUCACCAGCGCGGAUUAGCCAGCCAGAAACGGGAAACCGCGAGGCUGCACUAGCGAACAAUGACGAAGAUGAGAAUGAAGGAAUACAUUUGUGA